UGGACACUGUUUAAGGGCUUAAACCCCGGCCGCUAAUCCCGUUGCUAAUCCUGGCGCAAGGCGGUUAAGCACACCGCCCUGGAUCAACACGCGUCCCCGUCCGCAGUCUCUCCCACUCUUCCCUCCAAAUUUCCGGUCUUCACGCCUUCCUCCCCAACUGCCCGCCCCCCUUCCGCCUCCACUUCCCCUCUCCUCUCCUCCCCUCCCCAUUGCUUCCGAUCCCGUAGCCCUAAACCCAUCCCCUACACCGCGCCGCUCCUCCGUCUCAUUGACCGACUCGGAGAGAGGAUAUAUGUACAGGAACCAGUUUAGGCCGGAUCGCUUCAACGACAACACAAACGCUGCCCGAAGGACCGGCCGUGGCUGCAUUGGUGGCACGCACCAUUGGGUGGUGUCCGGUGGCCGCGGCAGCGCGGCUCCGGGCACGCAGCUACGUUCACCGCCCAACCGGAGCGGAAGGCCUGCGACCGUGCAGCAGUACCGUCCGAGGUCGCCAGCGAGCGUGGCGCCCCAAGGGAAUGCAACUGACUACACUCCCGUUGUGAGUGCUGCUGAUGAGCACACGGAACCAGAGAAUCAAGGGUCAUUGGAGAGUCAGAAAUCUUCCAAUGCGCCUGAUCAAAGUGACGUUGUGAACUUAGAGUCUGCUGAAGGAGCCAGAGCAGAGGAUUCUUCAAUGCCAACAAUACACUCAGAAGGGUAUUCAUCAAGUGCAUUUACUCUUCAGUUUGGAACUUUAAGCCCAGGAGUCAUCACCAAACAAUGUAUUCCCUGCUCAACCUCGGCCCCUCCAGACCUGAACGAGAAGAAACAUGAAAAGGCACACCGUGGACUAUUAUCUGACGAGCCUAAUGUCGUGUCCAUGCCAUCUGCCGGAGGGCAGCAAAAGCAAGAAUCAAAAGAUAACUUGAUUAUCUGUGGUCAAACUGAUUCGAUCGACAUGUAUGAUAGUGUGCCUGCUAUGGUUUCAUCUAAUUCCUGUGUACUAGCUGACCCUGUAUUGCCUCAUACACCAGGGCUGUAUUAUGUUGCUCCAGCCGAAAAAGUGUCUACGGAUUCAUGCAAGGUGUUCCCUCGAAAUCCGUCUUCCCCAACGCAUCAGCAGUGGCAAAAACAAGACACAAGGAAAGACGCUAGCCAAUCUGAUACUAUGCACAAAUACCCUGCUUCGAAUCCCAAGAUGAGCGUGCAGAUUCCACCCCCGUAUACUCCCAGCAUGGCACCACCGUCGUUUAUGCUUCCAGUAAAUGGAAGGCCGCUGCCUGCGGCUUUUCAGCAGAAACAACCUCAAGUGCCUGUUGAAUUCAGGGGCCAGGGUGUGCCGAUGGGUAAUGUGCCUCAUGUACCACCAUUUUUUGUUCAUGGCGCUCAGGCUCGCGCAUUGCAACCGCCAGCCUUCGUUCACCAAGGACAGGGUCUGGGAUGUGCACCUCCAGCUUGUCCUCACCUUCCUCAACUGGGCAACAUGAGGAUUACACAAGAGUUACCACAGCAGCAAGCGAGAAGUUGUGAUGAACAGAAGAGACCUGUCAGGAUUACUCACCCAGACACACAUGAAGAACUCAUGCUGGAUAGACGUGGUCAUUCCUAUAUAGAUGCUGCUUCUGGAGCUAUGCCUCUGCACCAUAUGAACCAGCUAGCUCAGCCUGUCACGUCAUUUCCGCCCCUUCAUGAGGUGUAUUACCGGCCGAACAUGUACAAUACAGGACAUAUCUAUCUUCCUACCACCAAUGCUGUUCCUGCUUCAAACAGGGAGAUGUGCCCCAGAAUGCAGACCCCAAGGCAUAGCUUAGACCCCAAUAUUAACAACCAGGCAGUUACUUCUAUCAGUCCUCCUAUGCAAAACCCAUGGCUUGGUGCUAGUUCCAGGCUACCCACCAAUUUACGUUCUGCUUCAGAAGUCUCCAGUUCGAAAGGCUUGCUGCCAUCUGACGUAUCUUUUCCAGGUCAAGGUGCACUAAAGCCACCCACUAUCUUCUUUGCUGAAAAUAAUGAGUUAUCAUCUCAGACAAGCACACCUACCUGCGCAGCAGAAACUCCCACGUUGUUACGGUAUUCUGUCGAAUCUGCUUUGUCAAGUCAGCAGAGAGUCCACAAGCUUGGGCUGGAAAUUUCUCCUCAUCCUGAAAAGUUGGUUUCAGAAGCAAAUCUCAAACUUCCAGCUGCAACAUCUGGUCUAAAUUGCAGUACGAGUCCUCAGUCAGUUUUAACCCAGCAAGCACAGACCGGUUCAGCUUUAGUAGAUCGUGUUACAUCAAUUGCCGGACCUCAAAAUAUCUCGGCCUACAAAUUAACCUCGGUGUGUGUAGCAAGUGGUACCUCUUCUGUUGAAGCAAAAUUGGAAUCAUCAGCAGUACCAUCAGCAACUUCAUCAUCUGGUGCAAAGGGCCAGCUAUAUCAUAUUGUGCCACAAUCUGAAAUAUUUCUGGAUACUGAGAGUAAGAAUUCCAAAUACGAUGGCAAUAGCAUUUUAGGGAAGCCACCACUGCUGUAUACACAGGAAACUCUGCCACCAAAGUCCCCAACAACUAGUAUAUUUACUGAAAGUCUUAAGGCCAGAGUUAAUCAUGUUCCUUUGCCAGAAACUUCUGAAGCAAAUUGUUCAGCUCCUUUGCAAAUGCAAGAUAUGAUGAGAGAAGAACACACGGUAAAUGCUGGGGUGACAUGCUCCAAGUCUAAGGCAGAACAAGUUGAUAUGACCAUGCAUAUGCCAGGUGCUUCUUCUGGAUCGGGCAAUGGUACUGAUGUUAGUAAAUUGGUGAAUGUUCCUACAUGUGCUGAAUCGGGUGAUUUGCAUCUGUCAUUACACAUUGGCAAUGUUUCACCAUCAGAUAAAAACAACGGAUCUUCAUCAGAUGUCCAAAUUGGACCAUGUUCUCUGAAUGAUAGUAUACAAGACAAUGAGAAUAUUUCCAUGAUUAUGGCUAUUGCAUCCAAUUCAACUAGCGCUCUCAAAGAGAUUGAACGUGGAAGUAUUGAUUCAGUGGUGUCGAAUCAAUGCUCUGUUGCUGCUGCUUCAAUGGUGCAAACAAAGAAACCUGUCUUGGAAGCAGCCAAACCCAAAACUACGCAUGGAAGAAGAAAAAAGAGAAAGGAAAUACUCCCCAAGUCUUCUGAUAGUGCAGAAGAGGUUGUUCAGAGUUCUUCGACAGUUGAUAAGGAGAUUUGUACACUAGAUGCUGAAAUGGGCAGUUCGGCAGGUAGUAAUGAUAACCAGAACAAAAAUGAUAUUUUUGAUUGGGAAGGUGAUAUGGAAAUCUCUAGAGAUAAUUAUGGUUAUGGCCAGAAAAGAUACUCUAGAGAUUUUCUGUUAACAUUUGCUCAGAGCUGCGCUAAUCUGCCUGAAGGUUUUAAGAUUGGGUCUGAUAUUCACGAUGCAAUAAUGUAUGUUGGUAGUGAACAUAAUCCAAACCGGGAAAGGACAAAAGAUCGAGCUUCAACUAUUUCUCAAGCUAACCGUCAUACGGGCAGCAACAAGCUUAAUGACAAUAACUGGAGAAAAUUGCAUCCUCCUUUUUCUGGACGUGAUCCACUUUCUGGGCGUGGAUCUUCAAGAAAUGGCUCACAAAACCAGUUGCCCAACCAGUAUAAUGGUGAGAUCCUCUCCAGAGCUAUGAAAGAAGUAGCAUGUCAGCGCAGCAUGUCACGUGGUUCUGUUGAUCAGAGGUGGCAACAUAGAACUAAUCAGGCUAUGUCAUCUCCAUCUCAGGUAUCUAUGCCAGUUAUGCACAAAGCUGAGAAAAAAUAUGAAAUUGGUAAGGUGUCUGAUGAGGAAGAGGUAAAGCAAAGGCAGUUGAAAGCAAUUCUCAAUAAGUUGACCCCACAAAAUUUUGAGAAACUUUUCGAGCAGGGAGGUGGGGGCGUCGGCGACAUCGUGAAGGCGGGGUCGAGGCGAUGGAGGUCCAGCGCCACCAACCCACACGAUGAGGCCGCCAACGCCCACCAGGUGCAGCAGGUGGCGGCGAGGCCGGCGCAGUCGUGGUAG